AUGCUGCCCCGAGAGCUCCUGUCCCUGCUCACGCUGCUCUGUGCUUUCAGGGCUUCUGGCUCUGUGGUGGGUGAAGACGAUGACUACGAGCUCAUGUACGUGAACCUGGAUAAUGAAAUCGAAGGUCCAGCUCCUGCGACUGAGGAAGCUGCUUCGUGCGACUGCCAGCGGGAGCACAGCAAGUGGGACAAGCUGUUCAUCAUGCUGGAGAACUCGCAGAUGAAGGAGAACAUGAUGCUGCAGGCUCUGGAGGAGCUGCCCAGGCCGGAGCUGCAGACUCUGAAGGCAGAGCUGAGCCAGCUGGCCACCACCCUGGCGGGCACCGUCGCCACCGUCACCUCGCGCGUGGUGUCCCAGGUGGAGCAGGCGCUGCUGAGGAGCAGGGACCAGGCUGAGGAGGCCAGGAGGCUGCAGGAGUCGGAGCAAGGGAAGGUUCUGGAGCACGUCCUGCAGCUGAGCCACAACGUGUCGGCGAGGCUGGGCUGGCUGGAGAGCGCCUGGCGCCGCAGGGCCGAGGAGCAGGCACAGCAAACAGCCCUGCAGCAGGACAAACAGCACGGCAGCACCGGGGACAGCCUCAUCCUGAGCUCGCUGUGGAAGGAGCUGCAGCAGACCCGGGCUGAGCUCAGGGCGUCACAGCAAUGGGCAGCUCAGCACCUGCUGCCAGCAGGCUGUGAAACCGCCAUUCUGUUCCCCAUGCGCUCGAGGAAGAUCUUUGGGAGCGUGCACCCAACCUCUGGAAUGACCCUGAGCUCCUUCACUGCCUGCAUCUGGCUCAAGGUGACCGAGGCCUUGGACAAAACCAUCGUCUUCUCCUACGGAACCAGGUUCAACCCCUACGAGAUCCAGCUGUACCUGAGCCGGGCCUCGGCCGUGCUGGCCGUGGGCAGUGCCCAGCACAAGCUGGCCGCCACCAACGUGGUGGUUCCUGGCAAGUGGCUCCACCUGUGCGGCUCCUGGAGCUCGGAGAACGGAUCUGCCUCCCUGUGGGCACAGGGGGAGCUGGCAGCCAGCGCCUGGCACGUGGCCGGGGCCCACACCAUCCCCGACGGGGGCAUCCUGCAGCUGGGCCAGGAGAAGAACGGCUGCUGCGUGGGAGGGGGCUUCGACGAAGCUCUGGCCUUCUCGGGGAAGCUGACUGGCUUUAACCUGUGGGACCGAGUGCUCAGCCCCGCCGAGGUGACAGCCCAGAGCACGGGGGACACCUGUGGCACCCGGGGCAACGUGGUGGGCUGGGGGGUCACCGAGGUGCUGCCCUAUGGAGGGGCCCAGUACGUGUCCUAA